GUGCCUCACAGUGAGCUCACACAAUGCUGAAAUCAUAGAAAAAGCCGUGUUGCUCCUAUUCCAAGUGUCAAGGCCAUUCUACCAUAUGCAGUUGCCACGUGUAAAAUCAAAGGAACUCUACGUGGGAUGCCAAGUGCCCUAUCCUUUGUGGAUGAAACUUUAUCUACUUGUUUUGACUCUUUUCACUUCUAUCUAGCAGAUUCUCACAAUAUAAAGAGGUUCUUUCUUUUCUUGCAUAGGCGAGCAGGGCCUUGACAAGCCGUGAUUAUGGAAGCCUUGAAUCCCGUGCAGUAUAACAGCACAGAGGCUGUUCCUACUCUCGCACCUGCCACUACGGUUUCUCUCCUGCUCUUCAUUUUUUUGCUUAUCAUUCUAUGGAAUCAAGAGGAGACCUGUCUGAUACCAGGCCCAGCCUAUUGCAUGGGGCUUGGGCCCCUCAUUUCUUAUGGCCGUUUUCUACUGACAGGAAUUGGCAAAGCAGCAAAUUACUACAACAACAUGUACGGGGAAUUUGUCAGAGUCUGGAUUAAUGGCGAGGAAACACUGGUAAUCAGCAAAGCUUCAGCAACUUUUCACAUUAUGAAGCACAGCCAUUAUAUCUCACGUUUUGGAAGCAAACUGGGGCUGCAGUGUAUUGGCAUGAAUGAAAACGGUAUCAUAUUUAAUAGCAACCCAUCUCUAUGGAAGGUCAUCCGGCCAUUCUUCAUCAAAGCUUUGUCUGGUCCAGGACUUAUGCAAACCACAGAAAUCUGUAUAAGAUCGACAAAACGCUACCUGGAUAACCUUGGCAAUGUGACAAAUGAACUGGGAAAUGUAGAUGUCCUUAAACUAAUGAGGCUUAUUAUGUUAGAUACAUCAAAUAAUCUCUUCUUAAGGAUACCUUUAGAUGAAAAUGAAAUUGUUCUUAAAAUCCAGAAAUACUUUGACGCCUGGCAGGCUCUGCUUCUGAAACCAGACAUCUUCUUUAAAAUUUCCUGGCUGUACAAGAAAUAUGAAAAAUCGGCAAAUGAUCUAAAGGAGGCUAUUGAAAUUCUCAUUGAACAAAAAAGACAGAAACUCUCAAGUUCUGAAAAGCUGGAUGAAAAUAUGGAUUUUGCAUCAGAACUUAUUUUUGCCCAGAAUCAUGGAGAUCUAACAGCUGAAAAUGUCAAUCAGUGUAUUUUGGAAAUGCUGAUAGCUGCUCCCGAUACCAUGUCUGUAUCUCUCUUCUUCAUGUUGGUUCUGGUUGCUCAACACCCAAAGAUAGAAGAAGGAAUAAUGAAUGAAAUUGAUAAUGUUAUUGGUGAUCGGGAUGUAGAGAGCAACGACAUUCCAAAUCUCAAAGUUCUGGAGAAUUUUAUUUAUGAGAGCAUGAGGUACCAACCGGUUGUAGACCUGGUUAUGCGCAAGGCCCUGGAGGACGAUAUGAUUGAUGGUUACUAUGUGAAGAAAGGCACUAACAUCAUAUUAAACUUGGGGCGCAUGCACAGAAUCGAAUACUUUCCAAAGCCGAAUGAGUUCACUUUGGAAAACUUUGAAAAGACGGUUCCAUAUCGUUACUUUCAGCCCUUUGGCUCUGGCCCACGUGCUUGUGCGGGGAAGUACAUAGCUAUGGUUAUGAUGAAAGUCAUUCUGGUUACUCUUUUCAAGAGGUACAAGGUGCAGACACUGGGAGGAAGAUGCUUGGAGAACAUCCAAAACAACAAUGAUUUGUCUAUGCACCCUGAUGAAAGCCAGCCAUGCUUAGAGAUGAUUUUCAUUCCCAAGAACACAGCAGAGCUCAAACAGUAACAGAUAAUAUAAUCCCAUAUGUCAUAUCUGGAAAUUACAAAUGUUCUUAGCAUAGUGACAGGUGACAGUGUUGGUCUGUGUUAAACGUUGAUUUAACCACUGCUGUUGUAUGCUCUUUGUAACUAUCAGGCACUUAGUAGUAGUGCAACAAUCAUUAAUGUUAGGGUUCUCAUUCUUUCUGCUGUAGAGUUGUUAAUGGUGGGAUUUGAAGUUCAGCAGCUUUAAAGGAUGAGUAAAAGCAACACAUGUAAAUGCCCCGGUGCAUUGUAAACAUAAUUCUCAUUCAGCAGUUUGAAAAAGCAUGAUAUCUAUAUUUGAAAAUACUUCUGGGAAGCAGAAGUGAAUAUGUAUUAUGUAAGGCUUCAUAGAACACAUUGAACAGGGCAGGGCUUUAUUUAGACAACAAAUAAAAGAUGGCAGAGCUGAUGAUAAACACUGCAAUAAAACAAACAAUUAAGAAAAUAUCUGAAAAUGUGAAGAAUAGAUAUAAAUUUGUUAUAAUAAAACUAAUAAUAAUAAUAAUUACUUUUUUUGUUACUGGUCUUUUAAGGCUGUUAUAUAUAUUCCUGUUAAGUACAGUGAUAUUGUUAUUGUUUAUAUUUAUCAGUAUUAUUAAUAAUAAAAUAUGCCUAUAUUUAAAAA